AUGAAACACGUAUUUCCUGUUCCAGGGCUCCAAGCUGAAGAUGCGGAAGAACGGAAGUGUUUUCUGGAGGGUGAGAACCUGACCCUGACUUGUCCUUACAACAUCAUGCUGUACUCGUCCAGCCUGAAGGCCUGGCAGCGGGUUAGAAGCCUGGGUUCUCCAGAGACUCUGGUGCUCACAAACACCAGAAAUGCAAACUUCAACGUGGCCCGGGCUGGGAGGUACGUGCUGGAAGAUUAUCCCAUGGAAUCCGUCGUCAAGGUCACAGUGACUGGGCUACAGAGGCAAGACGAGGGGCUGUACCAGUGUGUGGUCUACCUCUCUCCUGACAACGUUAUCGUCCUCUAUCAACGGAUUCGGCUGGCAUGGUGCCAAGAGCAGCCAGUGAUGGUGAUCGUUCUGACAUGUGGCUUCAUACUGAACAAAUGCCUGGUAUUCUCAAUCCUGUUUGUCCUUCUCUGCAAAGCUGGGCCUAAGGUGUUACAGCCUUCCAAGACAUCCAAAGUACAGGGAGUCUCUGAGAAACAGUAGCCUUCCUGCUACAAGCUGUCAGCACGCCUUCCUUUGUCUUAACAGCAUAACAGAUGUUCUGUAUUGGGGACAAUCUGAGCCUUCCUACACUCUGUAAACUCUAAUUAGUACACGUUACUCCUAGAGGACAGAUCUGAGGAGAGUUGUGUAGAAGGAUACUCAUGAGACAUCAGUGAAGAAUGUGAUAAUAAAGAAUGUGGUUUUUUCAUGCAGUUUUACUGUUCCUGUA